CCAACUUGAUCGGAGUGAACCUACGACGCAAGCCGCCGCUGCUGCUGCUGAGUCCCCGGCAGCGACCAGCCACCCGUCGGUCUGGGAGUCCAGCCAGCUAAGCUAACUAGCUAACUUAGUCGUUGUUAUAGGAACGACAAACUAGUACUGUAGGCAAUUUGGGGGAAUUAACCCAGGCUACUGUGACUAAUUGUUUAAGUUGUAAUAUAAAAUGUCUAUAUUACCGUUCACUCCUCCAAUCGUGAAGAGGCUCCUGGGCUGGAAGAAAGGAGAGCAGAACGGGCAGGAGGAGAAAUGGUGCGAAAAGGCUGUCAAAAGUCUGGUGAAGAAGUUGAAGAAGACGGGACAGUUGGACGAGUUGGAGAAAGCCAUCACAACACAGAAUGUCAACACGAAAUGCAUAACCAUACCCAGAUCUUUAGAUGGGCGUCUCCAGGUCUCCCACAGAAAAGGUCUCCCUCAUGUGAUCUACUGUCGCCUGUGGCGCUGGCCAGACCUGCAGUCCCACCAUGAGCUGAGGGCUGUCGACCACUGUGAAUUUGCCUUCCACACCAAGAAGGACGAAGUCUGCGUCAACCCCUACCACUACCAGAGGGUGGAGACGCCAAUUUUGCCUCCUGUCCUAGUACCACGACAUACAGAUAUACCCGCAGAGUUUCCACCAUUGGAUGACUACAGCCCGUCCAUCCCUGAGAACACCAACUUUCCUGCAGGCAUUGAGCCGCAGAGUAACUAUAUUCCUGAAACUCCCCCACCAGGGUAUCUGAGUGAGGAUGGUGAGACAAAUGAUCACCAGCUCAACCACAGCAUGGACACAGGUUCACCCAGCCUGUCGCCCAAUCCUGUGUCACCCGCAAACAGUAAUCUUGACUUACAACCUGUGACAUACUGCGAGUCUGCCUUCUGGUGCUCCAUCUCCUACUAUGAGCUGAACCAACGUGUAGGAGAGACCUUCCAUGCGUCCCAGCCCUCCCUCACAGUGGAUGGAUUCACAGACCCAUCCAACUCUGAACGCUUCUGUCUGGGCUUGCUGUCCAACGUCAACCGCAACUCAGCAGUAGAGCUCACGCGCAGACACAUAGGACGGGGCGUGAGGUUGUACUACAUUGGGGGAGAGGUGUUUGCAGAGUGUCUCAGUGACAGUGCCAUCUUUGUUCAGAGUCCCAACUGUAACCAGCGCUACGGCUGGCAUCCUGCCACUGUCUGCAAAAUACCUCCAGGCUGUAACCUGAAGAUCUUCAACAACCAGGAAUUUGCUGCACUGCUCGCCCAGUCAGUCAACCAGGGCUUUGAGGCCGUCUACCAACUCACCAGGAUGUGCACUAUUCGCAUGAGUUUUGUCAAGGGUUGGGGAGCUGAGUACAGACGUCAGACAGUGACCAGCACCCCCUGCUGGAUAGAACUGCAUCUCAAUGGCCCUUUGCAAUGGCUGGACAAGGUCCUCACACAGAUGGGCUCUCCCAGCAUCCAUUGCUCCAGCGUGUCCUAGGAGCAGCACAUACCUCCCGGAAACCCUCCUUUCCAUCCACACACAUACACACAAACCACAUAGGAGAACUCGAGCGUCUCUCAGUGAUAAUAAGGAAAGAGACGCCAUUCAUCAAAUCAACACAUCACUGUCCUCCUUCGCUGUCUCUAACAUUUCACCUCACAUCUAUAGCACUUUGCUCACUACCAUUUAGUGUCUCCAUUCGAUGGUUAUUUUAGGACUUUUACAUUGUUUUUUUUUUUCAUGUGUUCGACGGGCAGCCACAGGGUAUUUGCAAUAGGUUUCAAAAGACUAACCACAUUUUCGUCAUUAUUCAUUCAGACGUCAUGUCUAUGCUCAGUGUUGUAAUUUGUUGUUUUUUUUUAUAAAGAGGAUUGCAAUGUUUGUUCCCCGAGUUGAAGUUAUGGUACAGCUUCAGCUUGGCCACCUUUUUACAUGUUUCAAAACAUUUUUGAUUCUAUGAAUUAGCUGAAAUUCGCUCUCAUCACUGGUGUUUCAGUGUCCCAGUACCACUCUUUGUAAUCACUGAAUUAGGAGGCUUAUUUAUCAAUUGAACUAUAAAUUAACAUGAAAAAAAAAUCAUUCUGAGUAGUGAUUAAAUAGAAUAUAUUUAAUUAAUAUCUUAAGUACAAGGUACUUUGCCCAUAUUGAUUUAUCUGUAUGAAUUAAAGUGUCAAUUAUCUGAUUGAUCAUGUAAUUGGUAUUUUAUCUAUUUAAAAAAAAAAAAAAUAGACCUUAGCACCAUUGUUUCUUGAAAAAAGAACCCUUGUAUGAAAACUAUUUUGCUCAGUGAAAGAGACAUUUUAUAAGUUA